AAUUCUGUCGAUAGUUUCAUGGAUAAGAUUAAAAAAGAAAGUGUGAGUGAGAGUUUUUGUGAGGGUGUAAUUAAUUUAACAAUUGAUUCUUUCUCAGAAUCCGAUUUUCUGAUUAUUAAAUUAAAUGAUUUGGGAGUUGAUAUUACCGUUACGGAUGAAGAUUUUAAUUUAUCAAUUAAAAAUAAUGAUUGCGAAAUUUUUUCUGAAACACCUGUUAUCAACUAUUUUACUGAAGAACUUACUAUAGAGAAUCUACAUUUCUCUGCUGUUUCUAUUGAAUACCUGGCUAUAUUUAAUGAAGGUGUUGCAUAUAUUUUUAAUAUAAAUUCGUCUAAUCCAAAUACACUAUUUAAUGAUAUAAAAGGAGGCGGUGGUUCUAAUAAAAUCAGAUACCCAUAUUUAAAUUGCAAUGUAAAAAAAAUUAUUCACAAAUGCAUAGAAGUUAAAGCUUGUGAAUAUACAAAUAAUAGUAUUAAAAAUGUAUUACAUUGUGAGGUCAAUGAAAAUAAAGAUUUUUUAUGA